CAAGUAUAUUAUUGUGACGUUUGCUCGAGCGGUGAAUGAUUUGGUAGUUUGCGAAUCAAAUGUUAACCUAAGAAGUAGUAUUAAACGGGGAGCAGUUUGUUUAUGAAAGAAGUGUACAUUGAAUGAAAUCAUUAUAUUCGCCGUUUGAAAUAGCAACUGUGAUCGAUAACGAUUUCUGUUGGGAGUGAAUUUAUCGAAAGUUCCAGCGAUGGCUACGAAAGAAUCGAAGAUGGACACGACAACAACAAAGCCGAUCGAGAAAAAGGACAAUAAGGAGGAGCAGCAGGAAAUGUCGGAUGAGGACCAACAGCUUCAAGACGAUCUCGCCAUGUUGGUGGCCCGUCUGCAGAACUCUUCCGAGGAGAUAGCCAUGGCGGCUCUGGAAAGUAUGCGGAAAUUGAUUCGAGCGUCCACAACUAGCAUGACAUCGGUGCCAAAACCGCUGAAAUUUAUGCGGCCACACUACGAGACAAUGAAGGAAGUGUACAAAAAGCUUCACGGCCAAGAGAUUCGCCAGGUUUGUGCGGACAUAAUUUCAGUGCUUGCCAUGACAAUGGGCAGCGGAAAGGAGUGCCUGGUGUACCGUUUCCUGUGUGAUUCAAAUCAGCAAAUUGGAGACUGGGGCCAUGAAUACGUUCGGCACUUGGCCGGGGAAAUUGCCGUCCAUUGGCCUGAGACCUCUGGCAAUUUCCGUGGGCGGCUUAUUGACCUGGUGAAGCAGAUUAUUCCGUACAACAUGGAGCACAAUGCCGAGGCAGACGCUUGCGAUUUGCUGAUGGAGACGGAAAAGCUUGAUUUGCUGGAGGAAUAUGUUGACGAAAGUGCGUUUCCUCGGGUCUGUCUCUAUCUGCAGAGUUGCAUACCGUACGUUCCUGAUCCAGAGGAUCUUACCAUUCCAAAAGUAGCACUCAACUUGUCGAGGAAGUUCAAUAGAUACACCCAAGCGAUGCGUCUUGCCUUAAUGUUGAACAAUCAAGAGACCAUCGAGAAAGUGUUCUUGGAGUGUCCUGACUCAGCGAUCCGGAAGCAGUUGGCGUUCAUGUUGGCACGGCAGCACAAGUGGAUCGAUCUACAAUCGAUUCCAGAUUAUGAAGACUAUGAUGACCUCAUGGAAAUCAUGUCCAACGCGCAUUUGAACAACUACUUUUUGAAUUUAGCGCGGGAGUUGGAUAUCAUGGAACCUAAAACCCCGGAGGACGUCUACAAAUCGCACUUGGACAACACAAGGACUCCAUUUGCUCAGACUCAGGUGGAUUCGGCACGACAGAAUUUGGCUGCAAGCUUUGUGAAUGGUUUCGUGAAUGCUGGCUUCGGUGUGGAUAAACUACUCACUGAGGACGGGAAUAAGUGGUUGUAUAAGAACAAAGAGCACGGCAUGCUUAGCGCAACUGCGUCGUUGGGCGUGAUAUUAUUGUGGGAUGUCGAUGGCGGUUUGACGUCGAUCGACAAAUAUCUCUACUCGACCGAGGAUCACAUUAAAUCCGGCGCUCUACUCGCCUGCGGAAUCGUCAACUGUGGAAUACGCAAUGAAGUCGAUCCGGCUCAUGCCCUUCUAUCAGAUUACAUCCAUCACCAGAAUACGUCCAUGCGAAUCGGCGCUAUUUUGGGGCUGGGAAUAGCAUAUGCCGGCUCCAAUCGAUCGAUAGUCAUUGAUUCGCUGCGUACGGUUUUCAGCUCAGACAGGAAAAACAGUGCAAAUUGCGAAGUAAUGGGUAUUACGGCGCUAGCAUUAGGAUUUAUAUCGGUUGGAUCGUGCAAUGCUGAGGUCAGUGAAAUAUUACUCAACGCGAUAUUGACCCGGAGCGAAAGUGAAUUGCGCGAUACAUACACCCGCUUCCUUAUCCUCGGUUUGGGCCUGCUGUAUUUAGGCCGUCAGGAUGCAACGGAGGAUGUGAUCAACACACUUAAGGAUAAGCUGGCGGAACCAUUCAACUCAAUGGCUAGAAUUAUUGUAGAAAUUUGUGCGUAUGCGGGAACCGGUAACGUACUUAAAAUACAACAUUUUCUACACAUUUGCUCUGAACAUUAUGACUCACCGAGUUCUGAAUCGGAGGAGAAAUCAAGCAAGUCCUCAUCACAAAUUAAUGCCAGUUCAAACAAGGACUCUAAAGAGAAAACAGACAAGGAGAAGGACUUAUCAGCUACACAGGCAAUGGCCGUGCUUGGCAUUGCGCUUAUCGCUAUGGGUGAAGAGAUUGGUGCCGAGAUGGCUUAUCGAUCAUUCGGCAACUUGCUACGAUACUGUGAACCGUGUAUACGACGUGCGGUACCGCUCGCUCUCGGUUUAAUUUCCGUUUCGAAUCCAAAGCUGAAUAUUCUAGAUACGCUUAGUAAGUUUUCACAUGACAGUGAUGUCGAGGUCGCACACAAUGCGGUAUUUGCGAUGGGAUUGGUUGGAGCCGGAACAAAUAAUGCGCGACUUGCUGCGAUGUUACGACAAUUGGCGCAAUAUCAUGCUAAAGAUCCUAAUAAUUUGUUUAUGGUGCGCAUUGCACAGGGCUUGACUCAUCUGGGUAAAGGUACGCUAACAUUAAGCCCGUUCCACAAUGAUAGACAGCUGAUGAAUCCGGUUGCGGUUGCCGGGCUAUUGGCUACAUUGGUCGCAUUUCUUGAUGUUAAGAAUAUAAUUCUUGGGCGUUCUCAUUAUCUCCUAUAUACGCUUGUGCCGGCAAUGCAAGCCAGGAUGCUCAUCACAUUUGACGAAAAUCUCCAUCAGCUGCAGGUGCCCGUUCGUGUUGGUAUGGCGGUGGAUGUUGUUGGCCAGGCAGGCAAACCCAAGACAAUUACCGGAUUCCAAACGCAUACAACGCCUGUCCUGUUGGGAAUGGGUGAACGUGCUGAGCUAGCUACCGAUGAGUAUAUUUCGUUGACGGAAGUGAUGGAAGGUUUUGUUAUUUUGAAGAAAAAUCCCAAUUACGUCAAGUAAGAGCUGCUUGAAAAUCGAAGUAGCAGAGUCUGCUUUAUAAGAAGUAGAAUAGAUAAUUGUGCUUCGUAUGUUAGAUCUUAUCGAGUAAAGCCUGUUUGAAUGAAAUAAAACGAUUGUAUCGAAAAUGUCCUUAAAUAUAAUCAUUUGCGAAAUGUAA